GCACGAGGUUCAUCUUUUUCAGUGUUGUAUGAAACUGAUAUCUGAGUGAACAUGUGUUGUAAACUUAGUUAUUUCAUGCUUGCUCUGUUUUUGGACGCAGUAGUGUCAAGUCCCCACGCCGUGCCUAGAUAUAGGGCGCCUGAAGAUUUAGGCAAAGGAGGGUCGAACAUUCUGAAAAUAAAUGGAGAAGCUUAUCUUCCUCUUAGUCAACCGUCGUACAUGUCUCCUAUUCCAACAGAAAAAGAUAGAGAUAAGAAUGAAGAAAUAUUUAGAAGUUCUGGAAUUAUUAGUAGAAAUGAUAACAAUUUGCAUCAAAACAUUUUAAAUAAUAACAAAAUUGAGAGUAAAAUAAAUAAACAAUUAAAGAGAAAUAUACAAGCAAAAAAUGACAUCAAAAAUGCUAACGGCAUUCAAAAUAACACAGUUAUUUUUAGAAGACGCUUUAUUAUUCCUACUUUAAAUCGAAAUGAAAAUGAAGAGAUAAAUCAUUUACAUCGACAAAAUUUACCAGUUGCAAAUAAUUUUGAUCGAAAUGUGAAUGCUUUAGUGAAUCAAAGAAAAAUCCAUAAUGAAAAUUCAGCACCAGGCGUGGUGAGCUAUGAAAGUUUUAAUAAUGAACCAUUUAAAAUACAACAUUCUCCGCACGAUAGAAUCGCAUUUCAAGCACCAAUUUUGACUAGUCUACCUAAUUUAGAAUCUUAUCAUCCAGCGACUACUGUAACUGACUUGAACAAAAUUCAGGUCAACGUAGCUCACCAUACAUCUUUACCAUCAAAUAAUAAAAUGUCUGAUACUGAUAUUCAGAAAAUAAUAGCAGAUCAAAGAAUUCAAAAUGUUUUGUCAACGAUAAAUCAUAUCAAACGAUAUUUAGUUAUUUAUCCCAAUGGUACAGUUGAACAUGUUGACAGCUUAGAGCCUAUUGCAGCACAGCAUUCUAAUUUUGUUCUAGUCAAUUCGGGACACUUUGAAAGAAAUAAUGAAAAAAGUGAUGCAAAAACAGAAAGAAAUAAACAUCAAACUACGGCGGAGCCCCAGCCAAAAGAAGUUUCAGAUUCAUCUCAAGUAAAAAUGACUAAAUCAUUAGCUUACGCAGAAAUAACGCCGUCAGUUGUAGCAAUUACUCCUCCAAGUUCACAAGUUACAAUAUCUUCAUCAGCAGUAUCUACAAACAACUUAUCAUCUGCUAAAACCACUCCAAAUUUAGUAGAGAAAAAUGUUGAAAUAAUAGGAGUUAAAGAAACUAAAGAAUUAAAAGACAAUAGUAGAAAUAAUGGAGAUGUAUCUGAAUACAAUACUACGACUUUUGAAAGUGGUAUUCUUAGAAAUAAAUUAAAAAUAAAAGAUAUAUAUAAACGAAAAAUUCCUAAAAACUCAGAUUCAUCCGGCGUAAUAUUUACCAAAUCAUCUACUAAAAAUGAUGGCGAGGUUCUUGAAGUAUCAACUCAAAAAAAUACUGUGCAAAAACAAUUACCUAAGGCUUCUGUUGUUACAAAUGCAAUACCAUUGGUUCAAUCAACCAGUAUCCCAGACAUUGUAGUUCAGUCCUCUUCAACUACAGCUACCAAUAACAUUUCAUCAUCUACUGCUACUAUAUCAAAUAUUGUUUUACAAAAUGUUGAACCGACAGAAAAUCAUGAAACAGAAAGAAUACGGGACACUAAAGAGGAAAGUGAAUAUAUUUCUGAGGGUACUUCUAUCCCCGAAAAUGGCACAAAUAAUGAUAAAUCGAUUGAUAAAGAAAAAUCUGCUAGUACAGAACAGACAAAAUUAUUUCUAUCAAAACCAGAUAUAGUACGUAAUACACAAGAAGAAACCACUCUAAAUGCUACAGUGUCUUCUAGUACUCAAGAAAUUGACCCGCUUAGUGAACCUACAUCAGCAACAGAAGAGGAAGUUAUUGCAGAAAAUGCUUCGUCAUUUACAUCAGAACAUAACUUUCAAGAUAAUAGUGAUUCAAACCAAACCACUGAGAACACUGAUGCUGCUCAUGAACACAAAGGAAAUGAUCCUGUCCGCACUGCAAAGCCGAUGUGGUUCAACGCGUCAGAUCCUGAAUUCUGGCAGAAAGUGACAGACGACAGGGAUGCUAGCAGUAUAUUCUUAUUCAUUGUCAAACCUGCUCCCAGGAUUGAAAAGGACAUACAGAGAACUGUCUAUCCGGACGGCUCGGUGUUUGAAGAGCUGACUGUGACUGUUUGGGAAGAGGAAGGCGCUGAACCAAAAGUUACGAAAUCAUCGAAGCUUAUACAUCCAGACUCGAUAACAUGGUGAUUUUCCAUUGUAAUAAACUAUACAAUAACUACUUUUAGAUAUUAAUAUACAAUACCAACUACUAGUGAUUAAUCUUUGGGUAUUGUACUUAACUUACAAAGCAGGCAAACGAAUUAUUAUUUAAGUAAAGUAAUUACAAAAUGUAAGAUGUAUUUAGUAGUGUUCGUUCCCGGCACCAAUAUCAGCUGUCUGUCUAAUUUUCUUACCUAUGUUUAUUUUUUUUUUCGGUGACCUCAAAGGUUUCAUGUAAAAGAGCUUUUAGUCGUUUUAACGUCGGUCUGUUUUUAGCUUCAUAUUUCUGGUCCAUUCAGAACGGUGCAGUCUAAAGACGUGCAGUCUGUUAAAGUCUUAAAAUAGAGUUCCUUUAAGUGCCAAGACCUUUCUUUAAGAAAACGUCAAAGCAUUACAUUAUUAUAAUACC